AUGGAGAAGGCCCGGCCGGCCACGGCGCAGAGCACGCCACGGUACAUGUUGAAUGCGCCGGCCACCCCGACAAAGAGCGUGUGCGGCCCCGGCGGCUACUCCUCGUCAUCGCUGCUCAGCUGCCCCAGCUACAUGUCCAACACACAGUCCUUCGAGGCCAAGGUGCGGUCGCACAGCGCGCCGAAGCAUCGGCCGGAGGCCCCCGCCGCGGCGACCACCAACCAGAAGCGGGUGCCGAUGAGCGAGGUGGUGGUGACGGAGUCCCAGGCCAGCCUGAGCGGCGUGGACAUGCAACGGUCCUGCAACCGGGUGCAGGAGGCGUUCAACUUCAAGACUGCCGUCGUCGGCCGCCUCGACCGCUUGUCGACGGGGGCCACCGAGAACUACCGGCAGGCGUUCGUGCAGAGAAAGUGGUGA